ACGGGCAUGCGUCACUCCUACGGUAAGCCGAACGGAACCUGCGCCCGUGUCCGCAUCGGCCAGAUCCUCUUGUCGAUGCGCACGAAGGAGGGUUACGUUCCGCAGGCGCUGGAGGCUCUCCGUCGCGCCAAGAUGAAGUUCCCCGGCCGCCAGAUCGUCGUCAUGUCCAAGUACUGGGGCUUCACAGACAUUCUCCGCUCCCAGUACGAGGCGCUGCGUGACGCUGGCAAGCUGCAGCAGCGCGGCAUCCACGUCAAGCUCAUCACCCCCAAGGGCAAGAUCACGCAGCGCAACCUGAUGGCGUGA